AUGAAGAAACUUGGAGGGAAAUAUGCUGAGGAAGUGCGUAUUACUGACAAUGUGGGUAAUAUGAAGGGGAAUCAAGAUGAAGAGAAGUGGUCUAAUGAGUUCUUUAAGAUAACUAUGGAACUUUUUAAUCAUUUAAGCUCUAGUCUUCAGCUCAUCUUCUUGCAUCUGCUGGAAUGGAUCAUACCAUCUGUGUAUGGAAUGUGUGGAGUAGAGACCAGAAAAAGCACUCGUGUUGAAUUUUCACAAGGCAGCUGUGACAGACGUGAAAUGGUCACAGCAGUUGAUGUUGAAAAGGGGAUAGAAAUUCAGGUUUUCAAGGAACAUCAAAUUGUAAAAGUUAAAUUCCAUCCGCACAACUUCAACCUUUUCCUGUCUGGUGGGUCAAAAGGACUCCUAAAAUUUUGGGAUGUCAGGAGUGGCAAGGUGAACCACGAAUAUGUAAGGAAUUUUGGUCCAAUCCUUGAUGUAGAAUUCUCAGUUGAUGGCAAGAAUUUAAUCACCUCGAGUGAUGUGUCCGAAAGCAAUCUGAGCAAAAAUUCAAUCAUUGUUUGGCAUGUUUCCCUCCAAAUUCCGUUAUCCAAUCAGUUCGGAUUAUGUUGUUUAACUAAAUGUGCAAACAACACAGUUAUAAGAAUUUGGUUUAAGCGAGGCCAGAAAAGGAAUCUAGUUCUGGACAAGACCCCCAAGAUUGCUGAAGUUGCCAGACAGAAUCUUGUUGUCAAUAUCUUCCUUACCAUAUGUUAUGGCUUAACAACCUUCAUAUAUGCUUCAUGGUUCCUUUGGUUCACCAUUGUGUUAAAAAUAAGAGUUGAUGGUACAGGAAACAUGCAAUUUGAGCAUUCAAAGUAUGAGAGAGUUUAUAGAUAUGGAAAUAGUGUUUGGGUAUUAUUCUCGGAGUACAGCUAG